UCUGGAGGUUGGGGGGGGGCUCCUCAGCCUCCUGAGUAUUUCCCAGAUCCUGGUUACGGCCCUGCAGGACGCAUCCCUGCCUGCGGUUCCUCUGAGCUCCUGAUCCCGCGGGAACUGAACGGACCUUCUUCACUGACAGACGUUGAACAAAGCUCAGAAAUAAAAGCUGCUCCGCCGCCUCCGGAGCGGCUUCACCGCGCAGCUGCUCGUUCCCGCCUGCGAACUGCACAGACCUCCGGUGCUGCACUGGUCGCUGUGUAGCGCUGCUUCCCCUGCAAACACACACACACACACACACACACACCACACACACACACACACACACACACACAUUCACACACACAUUCAUGCAUCUCUGUGCAGCGCUGAGCACCAGCACCAGACACAGGCACCGUCUCUGGACGCAGACACCACACGGACAGCCCGGACAGGGAGAAAGUGACGUGCAGCUGAUGCAGCAGGAUGCUGAGGGAGAAGGAAAGAGAGGACAGCAUCUAUAUUUGAGUCGCUCCUCUCCUCAGUCGCAGUCGUCCAACUCCCACAACACAACACUGAGUCCUGUGUUUCACCUGCAACCUGUCGUCCCUGUUUCCCGCCCGUCCUCUUCCUGUCGUCUCCGCUUUGAUCCGUUUUAUUCCAAGAAGUUCAACAGCAGCCUCUGGGCUCUGGUCCUGUUGAACCCUGACCCCUGACACACACCCCCCCCUCCACAUCUCCCCCUCCCUCCCCUCUCCUCUUCCUCCUCUCCCUGCCAUGUCCAACGACAGCAGCCUCCUCGGAGUCUGGGAGGCCUCCAAUUGGGCAGACACCUCCCAAUGCCCGCCCUCAGUGGGCGGGGCCACUUUCUUGAUCGUGGCUUACAGCGCUGUAAUUGCCAUCGGGUUGCUAGGUAACGCCGGCCUGGUGUUCAUCAUCGCCCGGCAACAGGAGUUGCGCAACGUCACCAACAUCCUGAUCGCCAACCUGUCGUGCUCUGACAUCCUGAUGUGUGUGGUGUGUCUCCCUGUGACCGUCAUAUACACACUGAUGGACCGCUGGGUGCUGGGAGAGGCCCUGUGUAAGGUGACUCCCUUUGUUCAGUGCAUGUCGGUGACCGUCUCCAUCUUCUCCCUGGUGCUGAUCGCUCUGGAGCGCCACCAGCUGAUCCUCCAUCCCACCGGCUGGUCCCCCGCUGCCGGACACUCCUACCUGGCGGUGGGGCUGACGUGGCUGGUCGCCUGCUUCAUCUCGCUGCCCUUCCUCUCCUUCAACAUCCUCACUAACGACCCCUUCCAGAACAUCAGCCUGCCCGCCAACCCCUUCAGGGACCACCUGAUCUGCAUGGAGCUGUGGCCCUCAGAUAAGCAUCGCCUCGCCUACACGACCUCGCUGCUGCUCUUCCAGUACUGCCUGCCUCUGCUGCUGGUGCUGCUCUGCUACCUCCGGAUCUUCCUACGCCUGAGACGACGCAGGGACAUGCUGGAGCGCAGCAGGAGGACCCGGGGAGCCCAGAGGAUUAACGUCAUGCUGUUGGCCAUCGUCAUCGCCUUCGCUCUGUGCUGGCUGCCGCUGAAUGUCUUCAACACGCUGUUUGACUGGCACCACCAGGCGCUGCCCGACUGCCAGCACGACGCCGUCUUCUCCGCCUGCCACCUGACGGCGAUGGCCUCCACCUGCAUUAACCCCGUGGUGUACGGCUUCCUCAACAGCAACUUCCAGAGGGAGCUGAGGUCGACACUGCAGCGCUGCCAGUGCGGCAACCGGGCGGCGGAGAGCUACGAGAGCUUCCCUCUCUCCACCGUGGGCAGCGAGGGCAUGACCAAAGCCACCUCCCUCAACAGGAUGGGGUCGGUGUGCGUUCCCUCACCCAGACCUGAGAUCAGCUCAGCGCUACCUGCAAAAACAAUACCAGCUAACACCUAAUGAUGAGUGCUCCCAAACUCUAAGGAGGCGGAUGAUUCUGAGUGGUUAAAAGCUGGAACAAACAUUUCACAAACAGCUGUCUGAAAUCUCUGAGCAAGUCAAACACAACUUUACUUCAUUACCGUAACUUUACUGACAGAGUGAGACGGCUCAUUUCACCGGGGCUGAAUGUUCAGGGACAGGAGAGGAUGAGGACGUUCGCUGAUGUAGCUUCAAGUCCAGAGUAUGACGCAAAAUCCAGUGAAUGGACUCGGAGAGGAAGCGCAAAGAGAAAACACAGGAGCGGGUAGAAUUGACCGUUUGCUAAGCCACGCCCACAUUAGUUAACAUCGUUUUGUUAAUUUCCACAUUUUUUUUUUUUUUUAAAAAAGAGCAGGACAGAGCUGCUAAUGUUAGCUUAGCAUUCAGAUAUGAUAGCAUUUAGGGUCGGUUCCCAAACCACCUGGGAUUUGCUAACUCUUAGCCUUGGAAGUUUCGACAGUGGGUGGUAAGCUAGGCUUGCUAACAUUUGCAGCUUACAUAAAAGUAGAUAGAUACACAAAUUAAUUAAUUCUUUACAUUUUUGUUCUUGUAUUUUUGGUUUUGAAAAAAUACACGACCUUCCAAACUCUUCAUUUGCAGAGUAUUUCUUUAAAUGAGAUAUUUGUAGGUUUUGCUAGUGCUACAUAGCCAACCUUAGUAUUAGCAGCUGUUUACUUACCAGUUUUAGCAAGAGCUGCAGCCCUUGUUGCCUUCACAAUACAAGAGGUUAUAAUCCGUCGCGUACGAAGCAGCUACUUCCUCAAGGCAGCCUGGACGCUACAGUGACUCGGUAUUGGAAAGUGACGAGACAGUCCGAUCUCGCUGGGGCUAGCUGGUUAGCAUGCUAGCUUCAGUAGAAGAAAAGAAGUGGGAGAAAUAGAAGCAAAACAAAGACGGGAGACGGCCCUUGGUGAGUAAAGGAACAAAGUUUGAAGCUGAACUCACAACGUUUCUUCUAGACUGGUGAGUGAACAGCCGUUAAUGCUAAUGUUAGCUAUGUAGCAAUAGCAGAACUUAGCUGUUGGUGUUGGUGUGGGGGGGUUAGCAAAAGGUCAAUUGUGAAAACUGAGUGAGACAAAGAUAAAGAGGAAAACUCACUUAUAAACUGACAACAUGAAAGUAUCUUCUACACAGUGGGAAUGAAGACAGCUUGCAGACAUACAUGUGUUUUAUAUGUAACUUGCAAAGUGUAAUUGAUUUCAUUAUGAUAGUGAACACUGUUGAUAAGCAUGCCUUAGUUAAAGUGUGGUAGAGAUAAUCUGCUUGACUCAAACACAGCAGAGGUAAACGAGACUGCUAAACAUCAAUGUAAAAUAAAACUCAUAAACUGUGAAGCUUUUCAUUCUGAACCAAUGGAAAAGAUAAUUGAGACACAUGAAGGGAUUCUCUGCUGUUUUCAGUGGCUGAAUUACGCAAUAUCACACGUUAUACAGUGAAGUGUUUGAGAGAUGUAGUUAUUAUCGAUGCCACUCAGCCUUAUACUUUUUCUGAAGGAGACGAAACUUUGCAGGAGUGUUUAAAACACCGAGGUCUCGUUUUGUAGCAGCUGUCAGACCCAACACCAGGUUAUGAACUGAAAAGCCACAGGAAACAGACCAAGAGACAUUUCAACAUAUAUAUAUUUUUUUUGUUUUCCAUUUUCAUCACAAAUGUCAAUUUAAGCUUUUCUGUUGUAUCUUUCAAUUUGAGGAUUUAUAUUUGAGCUUUUCAGGGUUUUCAUUUUGAUUUUCCAUAUUUUAAUUUACAGUUCACCGUAUCAAAAUGUCAUUUGAACAUACAAAUUCUAUUUUUAGUUUCCUUUUUCUUGUAAUAACUAAUUGUACCUGAUAGUAGUGAAGUAGAACAAUUAUUUAUUUUCCGUUUUCAUGUUUAAUUUUUCCAUUUUACUUUUGGAUAAAAAAAUGAUCCGCCAUACGUUUGGAGGAAAAUCUGGGACACUGGUCACAAUCAGGGAGUGAAUCUUUAACUACUGUAACAGUCUGUGAGUUUUGAGCAUUUUCUUCUUUGUUGAAUUCUCUGUCUAGUUGGUCAGUUCGUCGUGACCGUGUCAUUAAAACAAGUGUGAAGAAUGUAGUUUCCGUGUUGUCUAGUUCUGUGGUGCUCAAUGAAAAGUGUCCAAACUGAAAAAGAACAAUUUAUCCAUAAAUAAUCUUUAAGAAGUUUUACACCCACUUCCGACAAAACUUAAUGAAAUCUAAAAAAUAAAUAAAUAAAUCCAUGAAAGGUUAGGCACAAUAAAAUAUGUAAGGGUGUAGUAUAUAUGAAUUCACUAUGAGCCCUGUGCCACUGUUCCAGAUUUUGGGAGGUGGUCUCACUAGAUCAGGGGUGUAGGCGAAGUGACGUGACGUGAAGUCUUCGACUCAAGCUCCGCCCAUCAGCCUGGGAGACGACACCCUGGGUGAAGAAAGUCCACCGUGCACUCGCUGCUGCUCACAAAGCGUAAUAAUUCUGUGAGGUCACGCUUUCUUAAGGAAAUCCAAUUAAGUUUGUAAAAGCAGGGGGACAAAAAUAUCAUUUUGAAGAGCGCGGGGGGGGGGGGGGGGGCGUCCUCCACGCCGUCCCUGGUGGAAAUGACACCUUUGGAGUCAGAGCAGGAAAUGUGCUGUAUAGAUAUGAGUGGUUAUUAUUUCACAGCGUGAGUCCUCAGCACCGACCUCCCCCUCCACCGCCGCCGCCUCCUCCCUGCAUGUGGCCGCACUAUAGCAAACAUAGGCUCUGAUGUGUGGUUUCUGCCUGGAGCUCGUCUCUCCAGCUGUGUGAGCUGAUGACAGAAGUCUCCUGAGGGCGGCGGCGGCAGAUGGACGCCAGGCCUGACAUACGGCUGCGUCUGGUCGGGCUCUGCAGGGUAAUGAUGGGAUGAAAGAGCUGCUCUCCAGGUAAUAGACUUAUAAAUGAUCCAUUUACAAGAAGAGGAUCAUCAGAGACUCAGUGGAAAAAUACAGUGGGAAAGUGGUCUCUGACCUUUGACCCCCACUGCACUCAAGGUUCACUUACUGGACGCUUAAGGGCAUCUGGCGGUUUUCAUCAGGACAUGGAAUUUGCUCAGUAAUCACCCAUAUGCAAAUGUGAUAUAUACUGUUUAUGUAUGUAUGCUUACAUUGUCACUAUCUCUCCACCCACAGCCUGUUUAUAUAUUGUUGUCAGGACGAAACACAAACGCCACAUAUUACCUUCCCGGUGUGUUUGUUGGAUGUUUUACUUCCUGUCUUUGUCUAGUUUUUCCCGCUCUUGUGAUGGUCUGCCCCGCCCUGAUGUGUUUCACCUGUUCCCGACGCCUCCCUCGUGUAUUUAAGCCUCAGUCUUUGUCGGCGCGGUUCCUCUGAGCUUCAGUCUGAGUUUCUGUCGUGUUUCCUACAGAGAUCUGUGUUUUCCCUCGUGUCUCCUCCAGCCUCUGUUUCUCUUCCUGUUUUGUUACCUGAGUUUAGUUUCCUGUCUGUCUGUAAGAGUUUAUUAAAGCACCUUCACUGCAUCUUCCUGCUUUCAUGUUUCUGCAUUUGCGUCCUGAAAUCCUUGUCACUGUCACAGUUGAGGGAAUUGCAGGUUAAACACACCGGCUAAAUCCCCUGUCCUGCUCGCUAACCGGCUAAC